AUGAAUCAAAACUCUUCUUUGGAUAAUAAUUCAAAAAAGAAAAUGGGAAGGCCUCAUGUUAUGGUUAUACCGUACCCAGCACAAGGUCAUAUUCUUCCUCUAAUGAGCUUCUCACGUUACCUUGCAAAACAAGGAAUCCAAAUCACAUUCGUAAAUAUCGAGUUUAACCACAAUCGCAUCAUCAACUCCAUAUCCAAAUCAUCCCAUGGUGAUUAUGUCCCGAAUCGGAUCAAGCUUGUUUCAAUCCACGACGGUUUAGAGGAUUCACCAGAAGAGAGGAACAUUCCCGGGAAGUUGUCGGAAUCGGUUUUGCGUUUUAUGCCAACCAAAGUAGAGGAAUUGAUCAAGAACAUGAUCUCGGAAACUAGCGGUGGCACGAUCAUUAGCUGCGUUGUGGCGGAUCAGAGCUUGGGAUGGGCAAUUGAAAUUGCGGCUAAGUUUGGGAUCAGACGAGCCGCGUUUUGUCCCGCCGCGGCUGCGUCUAUGGUUCUUGGAUUUAGCAUUCAGAAACUAGUCGACGAUGGUCUCAUUGAUUGUGAUGGGACUCCGAGGGUAAAUAAGACAAUUCAACUAUCUCCGGGGAUGCCAGAUAUGGAAACAGACAAGUUUGUGUGGGUUUGUCUGAAGAACAAAGAUUCACAGAGGAACAUAUUCCAACUUAUGCUUCAAAACAACAAGUCAAUCGAGUCAACGGAUUGGUUGUUAUGCAACUCAGUGUAUGAACUAGAAACGGCAGCGUUUGGAAUAGGAGGCCCAAAUAUAUUACCAAUUGGUCCCAUUGUUUUGGCUCAUCAUAGUCUUGAAGAGGAGUCCACGUCACUGGGAAGCUUUUUACCUCAGGACCGAGAUUGUCUAGAUUGGUUGGACCGGCAUAUUCCUGGUUCGGUGAUAUAUGUUGCCUUUGGGAGCUUUGGGUUUAUGGGCAAGGCUCAAUUAGAAGAACUAACAAUUGGUCUAGAGCUAACCAAGAGACCGGUCUUGUGGGUCACCAGCACAGGUGAACAACCACCAAUCAAAGUCGGGUCGGAUCGGAUCAGAGUGGUGAGAUGGGCUCCGCAACGUGAGGUGCUUUCGUAUCUAGCCAUUGGAUGUUUCGUGAGCCAUUGUGGAUGGAAUUCAACUUUGGAAGGAGCCGAAAAUGGCAUACCAUUCCUUUGCAUCCCUUAUUUUGCAGACCAAUUUAUCAACAAAGCAUAUAUAUGCGACGUGUGGAAGAUUGGCUUAGGGUUUGAUCUAGACGAACGAGGAGAGUUUACAAGGUUGGAGGUGAAGAAGAAGAUCGAUGAGGUCAUGAGGGUCGAUGGAGAGUGCAAAAAGCGAGCUAUCAAGGUGAAAGAGAUUGUGAUUAAAAGUGCUUCAAAAGAUGGCACUUCUUAUGAGAAUCUUGACAAAUUUGUCAACUGGAUCAAAUCACUAGUGAAUUAA